AUGUCGAAUACCGACUUUCUAGGCCGCGCGAUUGAUGUGGUCAAGAAAGCCAUCGAACAGGACACAUCCGGCGACUACGAGAAGGCCUAUCAGACCUACUAUCAGGCACUGGAGCUGUUCAUGCUGGCACUGAAAUGGGAGAAGAACGCCAAGUCAAAGGAGAUGAUACGAUCGAAAGCGGGAGAAUACAUGGACCGAGCAGAGAAGCUGAAGAAUCACCUAGCGGAUCAGGACAAAUCGAAGCGGAAACCAGCAGCAAUGGGGUCGAACGGGAAAUCAGCAGGCGGUACAGGCAAAGGGGAGGACAAUGACGAGGACGGCGACCCAGAGAGCAAGAAGUUGAGAGGAGCACUGGCUGGAGCCAUCUUGACGGAUAAGCCGAACAUCAAGUGGGAGGAUGUGGCAGGGUUGGAGGGUGCGAAGGAAGCGCUCAAAGAAGCGGUCAUCUUACCAAUCAAGUUCCCACAUCUUUUCACCGGCAAGAGACAGCCGUGGAAGGGUAUAUUACUGUACGGGCCACCUGGUACCGGAAAAUCGUAUCUAGCCAAGGCAGUCGCCACGGAGGCCAACAGCACGUUCUUCAGUGUCAGCUCUUCGGAUCUUGUGAGCAAAUGGAUGGGAGAAUCAGAACGACUAGUGAAGCAACUCUUCAAUCUCGCCCGCGAAAACAAACCCAGCAUCAUCUUCAUCGACGAGAUCGACGCCCUCUGCGGCCCACGUGGCGAAGGCGAAAGCGAAGCAUCACGACGUAUCAAGACCGAACUUCUGGUCCAAAUGGAUGGUGUAGGCCGGGACUCCAAAGGCGUUCUCAUCCUCGGAGCAACAAACAUCCCCUGGCAACUCGAUGCGGCGAUAAGGCGACGUUUCCAGCGAAGAGUACAUAUCAGUUUGCCGGAUCAGCCGGCGCGGAUGAAGAUGUUUGAGCUUGCUGUGGGGAGUACGCCUUGCGAGCUGAAAGGAGAUGAUUACCGGACGUUAGCGAAAUUAUCAGAGGGCUAUUCGGGAAGCGAUAUUAGUAUUGCGGUGCAGGAUGCGCUUAUGCAACCUGUGAGGAAGAUCCAGACUGCGACGCAUUAUAAGAAGGUCACUGUCGAUGGCGCAGAGAAGGUGACACCAUGCUCACCUGGCGAUGCCGGCGCAGUGGAGAUGAAUUGGACCGAAGUCGAGACCGAGCAGUUGCUUGAGCCGCCACUUCAGGUCAAGGACUUUGUGAAGGCGAUCAAGAGUGCGAGACCGACAGUCAGUGGUGAGGACCUACAUAGGAACGAGGACUGGACGAAGGAGUUUGGUAGUGAAGGUGCAUGA